AUGCCGGAGCUUUACGACAUCACCUACUCACGCGAGGAGUGCAUUGCCGCAGUCCGUGGGUAUUACCAGUUUCUUACCACCCUAUACCUAAAGGAGAGCGUUAUUUUGGAGCCACCAGAAGGAGGCUGGCCGUCGAUUACCCCUAAUGCCAUACAACAGUUGGGCAAGACGGACGAAGUCGCGUCGCUACUACGAUAUCUUCCCUAUAUACGCUCGAAUCGUUGUGGUGAUGGACCCCAAACCUUUCCGUUCAGCGAUUUUGCAAAUUGGGAGGAGAUUUGUGCCUCCCUAAAUAAGGGUAGGUUACAUCCCGAAGGUAUUAAAAUAUGCUCAGAAGAAGAUAAUGUACCGCCUCAUGUUAUUGGUCUUACAAGUGAGUGUAAUGGAGAUAUUCAACAUGACCCCGAUGCCCCUUGCGAGCGAGUUUGGGAUGACCCGUAUGAAUACGCACCGAUGGAGGCAGAGUGGCGCGCUGAGGGUGCAUACUGGGCCAUCCCCGACUUCUUUGAGAUUCUUAAGGACCAGUUUCGCCGUCUGCUCUUCGUUCCGAUUAAUACACUCAUUGUAAAAGAUGUCUAUAACUCACAGUACGGCGAUUCAGCUGGGAUUAUCGAGUUUCUGCAGGGGAUUUAUCGAGAGCAUGGCUGGCCUGACCUUGAACAUUACAACAAGCUGGAAUGUCUCAAAGCUAUACGAAAGGGGCUGAUGGAGAAGUAUCCCGGCCAUGUGGACUCUAACGAAGACCUGAACGAAUAG